UGAUCAAUUUUAUAAGAAAUAUAGGAUUUAUCUAACGAGAAAGAUUGUAUUUUUCAUGAAAACAUUGGACACAGAAUGACAGAACAAUCUUCAAAUUUGGAGGUAAAAAAAUUAAUGGAAGAAAGGAUUUUCGCGAAAAUCUUGGAAAUUGGCAGUAUUUAGCCUUCUCUGGGCUCACAUCUUCACAGAAUAUGCUCGAUAACACUUAAAAUGAAGCUUCCACUGAAAAUCGGUUCCCAUCGUAAACUUGAAACAUUUAUCAAGGGACUGGAAAAAUCUAUUCUCGAUAUAAGACAGGACCCAUUCAAUGGUAACCAAAUUGAAAUUGAUGCAAUAAUAUGUUUCACUGAUGUUCACGAAGGAACUGAGCAUGUAGUUAAGUCGUACAACCUGAUUGAGGAAUCAGAUGCAGAACAAGAGUAUGAGAGAAGAAAGCAGAGAUUGGGUCAUAUUAUCAAUUACGCCAUUGAACAGCAGAACACAACAUUGUUAUGUAACAGAAAGAACCGAACGACAAGAAAGAAUAGAUCGCAGAAAAAUAACACUGAGAUUACUUCUCAGAGUACUUCAAUUGAUGGGGUAAAACAGCUGAAUGAUGAUAUUGAGAGUAAUCCCACUGACAAUAACCCAAACAUUGGUAGUGACAUAAAGGAUGAUAUCAUUGAUGAUGAUGAUGAUAAUGUUGGUGAUGACCUCCUCUAUGGUGAUGAUGACAAGGAUGAGGAUUAUAAACCAGAUAAUGUCAGUAUCAAAGAUAGUGAUGACAGUUCUGAUGAUGAUGAAGACUCGGAAACAUUACUUAUAUGUUCGCAAUGCAACAAAGAAUACACAUCUGAGACUGACUUAAAAGCACAUACUGAACUCCAUAGAGACAACAAACAUAAGUUGAACUUAUGUCAUAUUUGUCCGAGACAGUACAAAAAACUGAAAACCUUACUGAAUCAUGUAUUGGUGCACCACAAUGACUCUAAUGUAGAUGACACAGAGACUGAAAAUCAGGAAAGCGAGACAACGACAACUUGUAUGUUUUGUUAUGAUACAAUCCCCAAGAGGAAUCUCAAUGCUCACAUAUUUACAGAACAUAAGAAAAAAGGGAAAACACCAAAACAAUCGUGCCUUAGUAAUGUAAAUCAUGAUAAACAAUCGACGAAUAAAUCUGCUUUAAGAAAACGUGUAGAUACGCAACAUGAACAUGGUGAAACAAUUCGUGAAAAACUUAAAUGCAACGAUUGCGAAAAAGUUUUUGGAACUAAGAAAGGAUUACUUAGACAUAUGACAAAAAGACACAAAGAGCUUAGACUACAGUGCCACCUUUGUGAAGGUAUAUUUACUUCAAAGUCUAGACUUUGUGAUCACAUUAUUCAAAAUCAUGAUACCUACAAAGUCAUCAAAUCUGAAGAAAAUACAAAUGGAGAAAAUACAUCUAAUAAUGAAUUAACAUGUGCAUUUUGUGAAGUGGCUAUCAUUGGCCUAGAUUCCUUGCAUGAGCAUAUAAAACUUGAACAUUUAAGAGAAGCAAUGAAUGAUGCUGAAGAAUUAUUUUGUACAAAAUGUGACAAAACUUUUGAAUCUGCUCAUGGACUAAAUAGACACAAAAAAUUAAAACACACGAAGCCAUCAUUCAAAUGUCAUUUGUGUGAAAGUUUACUAAAGACAAAAUACAGUCUACGUAAGCAUAUUACACUUGGUCAUGAUCUGGAGAAAGACAUUGAUUUCGAAAACGAGGAAGUGAAGGCGAGCACUCAGGAGGCAUCCAUGAAAUGUCCAUUUUGUAAACUUGGUUUAAUUACCCUAAAGGAGUUACACGGACACAUCAAACAGAACCACAUUCUGGGAAAGAAAUCAAAAUUAGGCCCUGGUCGGAAGAAAAACGACAAGACUGGCAAAUCAAAAUUGAAUAUACACACUUGUGAAAAAUGUUCAAACGUUUUCCAUACAGCAAGUGGCUAUAGCAAACAUAGAAAAACAGUAUGCUCCGGAAAAUACCUCGUUUGUCCACAUUGUGAUAAACAGUUUCUUUGGGAGUAUCGAUUACGUGAACAUAUCAUAUUUAUGCACAACAAUAAAGAAAACGGUCCGAUUGAGAAACAUCAUGGCGUGACAUUCCCAGAAGGGCCGCCUUAUCAAUGCUGUCAUUGCGAAGAAAAGUUUGAGAAAAAGACCCACUGGUUGAAGCACCGUAGCGUCCAUAUUGAUCACCCGUUCAUAUGUGAGUACUGCUCCAAACAAUAUAGAUCCCAGGGCCAGUUGAAGACACACAUACGCUCUCAGCAUAAUGGUGAACCUGCCGUUCAAUUAGAGCUCCAGAAACCCCAAGGAGAGUCACAAGGUCCUCCAUAUACAUGUAAAGAAUGUGGAAAAAUGUAUGAGACUGAAAAUGGUCUUAUGAAACAUUUCAAACUACACACUGGUGAUUUAUAUACAUGCGACUACUGUGGAAAACAAUAUGUACAGCGUCAGACCUUAAUGGACCAUAUAAGGACGAGACAUACGCACAACACGAGGGCAAUGCCGGAGAAUUAUCUUACUGGACCACCAUAUAAAUGCCCUGACUGCCCAAAGAUUUUUAAACUAAUGGGGCAGUUUAGAACACAUCAUAGAUGGCACUCCGGCAAGCUCUUCUCAUGUGACAAGUGUGACAAGAAGUUUGCCAGUCUGUCAAGACUUACACGUCAUGUAGAGUCCAGCCAUCAAGGCAAACGCUACCAGUGUCACACAUGCGAUAGAGUUUACAUGUCCAAGGGUAAGUGCCACCAGCACAUGCGGAACAAGGGCCACCUGAAAGGAGGGGAGAAACAGGAUGUUAAGAAAAAUUUGUCAAAAAUAAUCGAACCUCAAGAGCCAGAACACCCAGUCCCUGCACCCAUGGAGACCUCAGAGCCACAUUUACUUCAACCCAUGUUACAACCAAUACUCAAUGCUCCAAUAAUCAACCAGAAUAUCCACACAGGGCAGUUAGAACAACAAUUAAAUACACCCCUCCUUCAUAACUUCUCAAAUCAGGGAUUAGAGCAUCAACAUAUACCGGAGCAAAGAAAUCUUGCAGUACCUAACAGUGCCUUUAACCACCUGGUGUACUCAAAUCAACCAAAUCAAUCUGGUUUUAUAACAAACUUCCAUCGAAUGCCAAAUUUUUCGAACCCAGGAGGGAGCUACCAGCAGGCUCUUCAAUCUACUAUCAGCACUCCCCCUGAAGAAAACAAAGAAACCGAUUCCGCCCAGAAUCUUGUUAUUCCUUCUAAAAUGCAAACUCAGGUGUACCAGCAUUGGACUACAUAUUAAUUACAGUAAAACCUGUAUAUAAAAACACCUCUCAGUUUGAACAUUUUUUCUUGGUCCAAUUUUUUUAUAUAUCUCAUGAAAGAAACUUUGAAAUGUGGAACCUGUUAAUCUCAACACUUUUAGUCUGACUGACACUAGCAGUAUAGUUUGGAUUACACAGGUUUUACUGUACAUGUUUACUGUGCAUUGUUUGAAAUGAUAUUAGACAUGAUAAAGAGACAAAAUGGCGGACACGUGGCUGUUUUGAGCUAAAAAUGUUAUUGUUUCUUUUAUGAAAACCAUGGGUUGGAUAUUUACCUGGUAUGCCGAUUUGACUAGAUCGGCAUACCUGGCUUAACCGCUAUCUAAAUCAUGUCAGUAAGAUCUUAGA